AUGUUCACGCCGUGCCACCCCACAGCGCGCUCCGCGAGCGACCCGUGGGCCGGCCAGUCCCUCGACGCGGUGCUCUCGAAGCCCGCCCCGGGCCCCGUGGACGAGGCCGGAACGCUCGUCGAGCUGUCCGAGCGGCCGCUGGUGUGCGGGAGCGUGAACUGGGAGACGCGCGAGGCCGUCAUCGGCGGGACGGACCACGCGUUGUAUGUCGUGAGCAUCGAUGCGAAACGGAAAGCGAGAACGCUCUUCACCAGGACGCUCGGACAUAAGGAGUGGGUGACGGGGGUGUGCCACCUCGCGGACGGCAAGGUGCUGUCGUGCGGGAUGGACGGCGUGCUCUGGCUGUGGAACGCGCGCGGCGUGCAGGGGUUCCCGCUGUCGGGCCACGCGGGGCCUAUUUCCGAGGUGCACGCGCUCGGCGGGCAGCUGGGGGUGUCCUGCGGGUACGACAAGACGGUGCGCGUGUGGGACUGCGCGCGGCCGCGCGGAGCAGAGGCGCAGUGCCUGAGAGGGCACAAGGCGCCUGUACUGAACGUCGCGCCCUCCCCCGACGGCAGGUCGCUCGUUUCGGGGGACCGCGGCGGCGACGCGGCGCUGUGGGACCUCGGCGGCGCCGCGACGCCCGUCCUGCACCGCAACGCGCACGAGGGCCACGUCACGUCCGUCGCGUGGGGGGACAAUAGCAUUUAUUACUCCGGGGGACAGGACGGCGUCGUGUGCGUGUGGGACGUCCGCGCGGGCCCGCGGCCCGUCGAGGAGCUCCCGCUGCACCUGAACGAGCGCGGCAAGGGCGCCGUGGGCUUCAUCCGCGCCAUGGACUGGGGCUCGGGCCCGCGCAUCGCGACGGGCGGCGCCGACAACACGGUGCGCGUGCUGGACGUGCGGUCGGCGUACGCGGAGGAGUGCGUGGUGCAGCAGCCGGACUUCGUGUACGAGCUGCGCGCCGUGGGCCGCCACGUGCUGUCCGGGUGCGGCGACGGGUCGCUGUUGGUGAUCGACGCUGCGGAGGGACGGUGUCUGUACGGGCUCGGGGCGGGGCAGGCGGCGGUGCGGUUCGCGGACGCGCAGGGAGGCGACUUGGUGACGGCGGGGGACGACGGGAAAGCGAUGCUGUACUCGUUCUUGUGA